CUCGCGGUAGAAAUUAAAGAGCAGCCAUUUUCUGAUUUUCUCUCUCUUUCUUCGUCUCUUCUUUCCUUUUUUUCCCUUCCACAUCAGAAUCCGCCUUUCCACCCUUCCACCCUUCUUCCUUCCUUCAUUUCCUUCUCUCUCACCGGCGGGAGAGAAGAAGCCGCCACCGUCCAAAAACCUUAACAUAUUACACCGCCGCACGCAGCGGCCACCGUUGAAAGCAGAAUUACAAAAAUGCAGAAGCCUUUCCAGGAUCAACGGUCGAGAUCUUCCAAGCCCGCCACCAUUCAUGCCUGUGCCCAGUCCGGCGAUCUUCCCGCUGUCCAGAAGCUGCUCCGUGACAAUCCUUCUCUUCUCAAUGAAAGGAACCCUGUGAUGUCACAGACUCCUCUUCAUGUUUCUGCUGGUAAUAACAAAGUGGAGAUCGUCAAAUUUCUGCUUAGUUUGAAAGGUGCCGAGAAAGUUGAAUUGGAAGCCAAGAACAUGUAUGGAGAGACUCCAUUGCACAUGGCAGCAAAGAAUGGGUGCAACGAGGCUGCACAGCUACUCCUUUCUCAUGGGGCUAUCAUUGAAGCCAAAGCUAAUAAUGGUAUGACCCCACUACACCUAGCUGUGUGGGACUCUAUAAGAUCAGAUGAUUGUUCGACAGUCAAGACAUUGCUGGAGCAUAAUGCUGAUUGUAGUGCAAAGGACGAUGAGGGCAUGACUCCGGUGAACCAUAUCUCGCAAGGUCCUGGCAGUGAAAAGUUGCGUGCCCUAUUAAACCGGCACCUUGAGGAGCAGAGAAGGAGGCGAGCAGUGGAAGCAUGUAGCGAAUCAAAAGCUAAAAUGGAAGAACUUGAGAAAGCAUUGUCGAGCAUAGUAGGGUUGCAUGAACUCAAGGUUCAGCUAAGAAAAUGGGCUAAGGGAAUGCUUUUGGAUGAGAGGCGCAGGGCCCUCGGCCUGAAAUUGGGCGUUCGAAGGCCUCCUCACAUGGCCUUUCUUGGAAAUCCCGGAACAGGUAAGACCAUGGUGGCUCGAAUUCUUGGAAGAUUGCUGCAUCUAGUUGGUAUCCUACCUACAGAUAGAGUGACAGAAGUACAACGUACUGAUUUGGUUGGUGAAUUUGUCGGCCAUACCGGUCCAAAAACCAGGAAGAAGAUCAAAGAAGCCGAGGGAGGAAUUCUGUUUGUGGACGAGGCAUACCGACUCAUCCCAAUGCAGAAAGCAGACGAUAAAGACUACGGGUUAGAAGCCUUGGAAGAGAUAAUGUCGGUUAUGGACAGUGGCAAAAUCGUGGUCAUAUUUGCAGGAUACAGCGAACCCAUGAAGCGUGUAAUUGCUUCCAACGAAGGCUUCUGCAGAAGGGUGACCAAGUUUUUCAUGUUCAACGACUUCACUUCUCAAGAUUUGGCCGAGAUCGUCCACAUCAAGAUGACUAAUCAAGAAGAGCAAGCUGACAUGCUGUACGGCUUCCAGUUACAUCCCUCGUGCAGCACCGAUGCUGUAUCGAGAUUGAUAGAGAGAGAAACCACGGAGAAGCAGCGGAGGGAGAUGAACGGAGGGUUAGUAGACACGAUGCUGGUGAAUGCUAGGGAGAAUCUGGAUCUCAGACUCGAUUUCGACUGCAUCGACGCCGAGACACUAAGGACGAUUGCGUUGGAGGAUCUGGAAGCCGGGUUGCGACUCUUGUCUCAGUUUUGACUUGAUCGAUGAUCAUUUGGUGAUAGUAUCUCUCUACUUUCAAUUCUUGGAUAGCUGCUAUUGAUUCAUUGGGGAUAAGCAGGGCUUAUGUGUAGAUAUAACAACAGCAACAAAAUCUUGUAUUAUUUGCCAGGAUUCACUAUAUUAGGCUUAUCAUUCAUUUUGGCCAUCCCAUUCUCGAAUCCAUCAGUCAUUUUUCCAGGGAUGUUAUGUGUGAUCUGCAUUGUUGUUACAGAGUGAAAUCGUUUACCAAGUUUGUGUUCCUCAGUUGAAGCUUUUCUUAUGAUGAGGAAAUGUUGCCAAGGUGCAAUCUUUUUCGAAAAUGGCAUAACGGGUGGAGAUGGUGGAGAUUUAUCAGUAAACCAUUUUAGUCUUUCCCUUGAGCCUGAUUGUUUUCUGGGCCAUUAGCAUUUGCGUGCAAGCGAAG